UCAGCCAUCUUGAUUCCCCAGCGUGAGAGGUCCCUGGCGGCGGGAGGUGGCGGAGGUACUUUGGACUUGGCCCCUGGGUACUAUGCACUCACCUCUCCCUCUUUAGGCACAGUGAAGGUCUCUGGACCGGCCAUGGAGAAUUACCAGAAGGCGAGCUCUGUAGAAAAACCACUGGUCCCCCCAGUGCCAGGUCUGCCUCCAGAUACCUUGGAAAUGCGGGUCCGGGAUGGCAGCAAGAUCCGUAACCUCCUGGGCUUUGCAUUGGGCCGGCUGGAAAGCGAAUCCACCCGGAGAAUAGUGUUCACUGGUGCAGGCCGAGCCACAGGCAAAGCUGUGACCUGCGCAGAGAUCCUGAAGCGCCGCCUGCCUGGCCUGCAUCAGCUCACCAAACUGCACUUCCAACAGACAGAGGAUGCCUGGGUCCCUGUAGUGCCCGAGGCUGGUCUGGACCCACUUACUGUACGCCGACAUGUGCCAGCUGUGUGGCUUCUGCUCAGCAAGGACCCCUUGGACCCCAAUGAGGGUGGCUACCAACCCCCAGGUGCUCCUCCUGGUCUGGGACAACCUUUAGCCCGGACCCCCCCACAUACCCCUCAGCCCAAGAGGCGGGGGCCCCGGGUCUCAGGGCAUUGGCAGGGAGGUGGAGGUGGGACCCGAGGAGAAACCUCCAGGAGGCCCUGACCCCCUGAGUGGAAAGGGGUUGGGAGCAGAUUCUGAGGUGCUCCCCAGGAAGUGUAGGACAAUAUUGAAAUCCCCAAUGCUGGGGGGUUUUUUUUGGUCCAAUGGCUCCAAUCUCUGUCACAUUGCUGUUCCCUCUCAAGUAACAGGUGGAAAUGAACACGUGACUCAGGAGCAGACAUGUUAAUGGCUGCUCUGUGGCUCUGUGUUUGGUCAAAGACAUUCUCAGCUCUUUCUCCCUCUCCCCAUUCCCCUCCCUCAAGAGUGUUACCACCACUUUUAUCAACUUCUUGCCACUAUUAGAUUCCUUGGACUGGAAAUAUAAAGUGGUUUUCCCAGGAAAGGAAGUGAGGAGUUGAGAAUAAAAGUUACAUUUAUACUAUCUAUGAAA